AUAAGGGCGCGCAAGAAACCGCCGACCGGAAAAAAGUUACAACUUCUAAAGUACUAGGAGUCUGCGUGACUCCAGCUCACCAGUUAUGGGUUAAAAUGCUGCUUAUGUGUUUGUUCAAUUUUUUUUAAUAACCUGUUACUCAGUUGUUACGGUAUUACUACAGAAACCUAGGGAAGCGAUGAUUCCCUUGCUUUCAUGGACCGCAUGGCAUGCAAAUUACACGGCAUUGUCGCAUUAAGGUAUUUUUUGAUAAUAGAGAUAUGAGAAAGUGGACGGGGACGCUUAUAAAUAUGUUCUGCUAA